UCCUGGAUGAAGGAUCAAAAGUCCUACGCCAACCUAGGAAAGAUCAACGGUGAGGAUCUCCGGAAGACAUACUAUACUCCUCCUCGAUAACACAGCUAAAUUGCAGAGAAGAAACAAACAAGCAAUCGAAGACUGAAAAAUCAAACGCCCCUGGUGGGACAAUACAGCAGCACAGUAGUCCUGUAGCGGUAAAGAUUGUAGGCUCAGUACGCAGUGAUACAAACAGGACUUUACCAUGAAAAUCUUCUUCCGUGGAGGAUUCCAGAUCUAGGGAUUUCUAACUUGGGCCUCGUCAAUGAUCGAAUAUUCAACUCCGUUCUUGUUUCGAGCAAGGGUAGAAUCAUCUAAGUUCGAUAACCCUAGCAGCGGGAAAACUGGGCGCUGGAUUUGAAUUGGUGUGUUUCUGGAAUCAAAUUGGGGUUUGAGAGGCGGAUGAUAUGGAGGAGAAUGCGGCAGCGUUGCAUACGGCGAUCAAUUCGGUGCAGGCGCUGGGAAGGGGGUUUGACGUGAAUUUUGAUACUAGGUUACUGUACUGUAAGGGUGUGGGAGGGUCUAGGGUUGUUGAAAUUGACCAUGAGUACACCAGGGAUCUGUGUUUGUAUGACAAUUUGGUUGUUCCUAAUGUUUCAAGGGACAUCAAGAAUUCUCCGGAGCCUGGUGGUCGUGACAGUUCUGGAGUCUGCAGCUAUUCUGAGAUGGUGGAAUUCUUCAAUAAAAAGGCUGGACUGUCAGGAGAUGUGCCUCUUGGUAGCUUCAAUGCUGCCUUCAGCUAUACUGGUUCUAAGUAUAUUGAUGCUGCAGCCACAAAGACCCUUUCAAUGGAUGGUUUUUACAUUCCGCUUGCUAAGGUGCAGCUCAUAAAAUCCCCACUUGUUUUGCAAGAAAAUGUUAAACGAGCAGUCCCAACAUCUUGGGAUCCACCCUCCUUAGCAAGCUUUAUUGAGAACUUUGGAACACAUGUUAUUGCAUCCAUAACUGUUGGUGGUAAGGACAUGAUUUAUGUUAAACAGCACCAGACAUCCCCUCUGUCAACCAUAGAGAUAAAAAAUUAUGUUCAGGACAUUGGAAAUCAUAGGUUCUCCAACACUGACAAUCUUACGAGAUCAGGUCUAUUGAAAUACAAGGAGAAGGGUGUUGACCCAUCUUUAUUUAACAGCCAAGGGAUAUAUCCUCAACCUGCUAGUGCGCCUUAUCUUAGUGGGAAUGGUAAAGAAGAUGUUACAGUCAUUUUUAGACGGAGGGGUGGUGAUGAUCUGGAACAAAGUCAUACUCAUUGGGCAAGAACUGUUCGGUCCUCCCCAGAUGUUAUUGAGAUGUCUUUCUUUCCCAUCACCCUUCUUCUUGAAGGGGUAUCUGGAAAGGAGCACUUGGCUCGCGCUAUAGGUCUAUAUCUUGAAUAUAAGCCUCAGAUUGAAGAGUUGAGAUAUUUCCUAGAGUUUCAGGUCCCUCGGAUAUGGGCCCCAGUGCAGGACAAGUUUCCUGGCCACCAAAGGAAGGAACCUGUUUGCCCAUCUUUGCAGUUUAGCAUGAUGGGUCAAAAGCUUUACGUCAGCCAAGAGCAAGUUUCUGUUGGACGCAAACCUGUUACUGGCUUGCGUUUAUGUCUUGAAGGAUCUAAGCAGAACCGGCUAGGUAUUCAUCUUCAACACUUGGCAUCACUUCCAAAGAUCCUCCAACCAUGCUGGGACACCCAUGUGGCAAUUGGUGCUCCAAAGUGGCAGGGCCCUGAAGAGCAAGAUAGCCGAUGGUUUGAGCCAGUGAAAUGGAAGAAGUUCUCUCAUGUGAGCACUGCACCCAUCGAAAGUCCUUCAACCUUCAUAGAUGAUCCCUCCGGCGUGUACGUUGUAACUGGAGCUCAACUUGGAGUGUGGGAUUUUGGUUCAAGAAAUGUCUUGUACAUGAAACUUCUGUUUUCCAGGCUACCAGGGUGCACGAUCAGGAGAUCAUUAUGGGACCAUUCCCCAAAUGACAAGUUGAGGAAAGCUAUCACAGCUGGAAGUAACACCAGUGAUUCAAGUUCAGGAUCAGGGGAAGCCAUGGCAGGCAACAGAUUGGCAAAGUGUGUUGAUGUCUCGGAGAUGAGCAUGGGACCAGGAGAUUCUCCAGGUCAUUGGUUGGUUACCGGAGGAAAGCUUGGGGUCGAAAAGGGGAAAAUUGUUCUGAGAGUGAAAUACUCCCUGCUAAAUUAUUGAUUUUGUGGCCAGGAAUUUGUGAUGCGCAGGACCUGCCUUCAUCAGCUACGGUGCCCUUAUUUUGGUUUAUCCAAGGGAUUCAUGUUCAUCAUGCUUGUGAAUUCUUGCAGUUUGAUGAACUGGGUUGGAAUUAGACGGGAUUAUGCUCCAAGAUGGUGUGAAAUGCCCGGAGUUCUUUCCGAUUUUGCUUGCAGUCUGUUUUCUAGGAGAUGUGAGUCUCUAGAAAAAUGCCCUAUUAAUUGUCCACCCCCUUCAAAUGUAAUGUACAUAUCUAUGCAGUGCUUAGAUCUUUUUUAUAUCUUCUUACGUUCUCUUUUAGAAGUUUUUGGGGGAUUGAAAUCAGCUUCAUCUGAGCUUGAAGAUAAUAAUGCAUAUAUGAUCGGGUAGGAGUCCUAGCACUAGUUCAUGGACUUGCAGUAUCCAGUACCAUGUUUAAUCUUUCGGAAGAAUGGUUUAUUGCCUUAUAAAGGGGUUGGUAUUCUCUCUA